CACGAAUAAGCAUAUUAUUGAGCAAGAAUGGAAGUAAAAUAUACAUGCACGCUUCUCUCUUUAAUCUUCUCAAUUCUCAUUUACAAGUUUCUGUCAAAUGCAAGAAAACGGCGCCAGAAUCUGCCACCAAGUCCGCCUUCAGCUCUUCCAAUCAUUGGCCACCUCCACCUUCUGAAACCUCCACUCCAUAGAAUCCUACAUCAGUUUUCAAAGAAACAUGGACCAAUAUUUUCACUCCGCUUCGGUUGCCGCUUUGUGGUGGUUGUUUCAUCAUCAUCUUUGGUGAAAGAAUGUUUCACCGAGAACGACCUCGUUUUGGCCGGUCGUCCUCGUACCGCCAUUGGCAAGCAUUUUGGCUACAAUAACACCACUAUUAUCUUAGCUCCCUACGGUGACCACUGGCGGAACCUCCGCCGCCUGUGCGACGUCGAAAUUUUUUCCCCCCCUCGACUCAACACGUUUCUUCCAAUUAGGCUAGACGAGAUCAAUCGUUUACUGAGCAAUUUAUACAAAAUUUCGUCGGCCGGGUUCGCCAAGGUGAAUUUGGAAGCAAAAAUAAUGGAGAUGACCUUUAAUAACAUAAUGAGAAUGCUCGCCGGAAAACGGUAUUACGGCGAGGAUGCGGAGGAGGAUGAAGAGGCAAAGCUGUUCAGGGAGCUUAUAAAAAGGGGUUUGGAACUGAGUUCUGCUUCUAAUCCUGGCGAUUACUUUCCCUUUUUAGGAUGGAUUGGUUACAAUAGUUUUGAGAAAGAAUUAGCUACGCAUAAGGAAAAAGAUUACAAAUUCAUGCACAACAUCAUUGAAGAACACCGGCGACGGCGGCGGAAUGGCAAUCAGGAAAACACGAUGGUCGAUCAUUUGCUUUCUUUGCAAGAAUCAGAACCCGAGUACUAUACUGAUCAAAUCAUCAUUGGGCUUGUUCUUGCGCUGCUGAUUGCCGGCACGGAUGCAUCGGCGGUGACUUCAGAAUGGGCAAUGUCCCUUUUACUGAAUCAUCCAGAAGUUUUGAAAAAAGCCAGAAAAGAACUAGACACUUUCGUGGGAUUCAAUCGCUUGGUAGAAGAAAAAGAUUUGCCAAAACUGCAAUACCUUCACUGCAUCAUUUUGGAGACUUUAAGAUUAUUUCCGUCAGUUCCCAUGCUCGUACCACACGAAUCAUCCGAUGAUUGCAAAGUCGGAGGCUACAAUAUCCCAAAAGGCACCAUGUUAUUGAUCAAUGCAUGGGCAAUUCACAGAGAUCCAACUGUAUGGGAUGAUCCCAUGAACUUUAAACCCGAAAGAUUUGAAAAAAUGGAAGUGGAAACCCAUAAACUGCUGCCAUUUGGAAUGGGAAGGAGAGCGUGUCCUGGGUUGGGUUUGGCUCAACGUAUGAUCGGGUUAGGUUUAAGUUCGCUGAUUCAGUGUUUUGAGUGGGAAAGAAUAAGUGCAGAGAAAAUUGAUCUGAGUGAAGGCCAUGGAAUCACCUUGCCUAAAGUCAAGCCAUUGGAAGCCAUGUGUAGACCUCGGAAUGCUAUGGUCAAUGUUCUUCAGGAACUUGCCUCCAGUGUUUGACCAACGUAUGUGUGUAUUUGACCUUUUGCUUCACUUUGAAUUAUCAUAGUAUUGUGCCCUUGUAAUGGAAUAAAUAUAUAUGAAUCCUAAGAAUAAAACUACUUAAUCAGGCUUAAAAAGGAGUGGAGAGACAUAUGUGUCAAAAAAUGGAAUAAAUAUAUAUGAAUCCUAAUUUUAGCACUUCUCUGUAA